AUGAGCGGUCCGAAUCGUGAGGCGCCGCCCUUGUCUCCUUUAUCGAGGAGCGAUACGUUUUCCCAUAGAGGCUUCCGCGUCCCUGACCCGUUUGCGCCAAGGGAGAGACCCGGCUCGUCGUUCGUCCACGCUGUGCUCGCGACGGCGCUCUUCAGAUGCUGGCACAUCCUCCUGUUUUUCGGCGCUUGGUCCACUCUAAUCACCGUUCUCAACCAUCAAGGCCACGCGCUCUUCAUUGAAACCACCUUGCUCACUGUGCUUGGUACAGUUCUUGGUUUCGUCAUCUCGUAUAGGACAACUGCCUCAUUCGAGCGCUACAACGAGGGAAGGCGACUAUGGUCGAGCAUUAUUCUGGCCUGUAGGAACUUUGCGAGGUUGACUUGGUUCCAUGUUCCUGGUAAAUCUGGACACGACGCCUACGUUGCGAGCAGCACUGAUGUCCGUUGGCAUCGUACUGUAGAUGAGGUUGGCGCCACCCCGGAAGAGACUGAAGAACUGAGGGCAAGGGCCCUAGUAGAGAAGAAAACUGUCAUCAAUUUGUUGGAGGCAUUCGCUGUUGCCACCAAACAUUACCUGAGAGCUGAAGAUGGCAUCUACUACCAAGACCUGUACCACCUUGUCAAGUUCCUUCCAGCCUACGCCCUUCCCGCUGGUCGCCCGUCAGAGUCGCAAGUCGAUCUCACGCAAAUCGACUUGGACCCGGCUUCGCCUCGCAACGAUAGUGAUGAGGACGACCUCAGCAAUGAGAAAGGCAACGGUACUGCCGGUGGCCCUUCCAGUACUGGCGUUGACAGGCAUGCUACGACGUUACCUCUCCCUGCUCAUGCCCCAAGUCCGGUCUCGCCAUCUUCCAAGGCACGAAAUCGCAGGUCGUUGCUGAGCACCUCGGUCAAAUCUCCGAAUUCCCAUGUCAGUUUCCGGGUGCCCGACAAGUUGAGGACUGUACUGCCUGCAGAUGAAGAGGCUUAUCUAUUUCCGUCUUCGAUGCCUCCAAGAUACACCAUCUUCGAUCUGUUCCCUUUCUCGCUGUUGAUCGAAUUAUGCAAUAGACGUGGGCGGGAGGUCAAAGGCAAGAAGGCGGCCAGGAUUAGGGCAAAGAUGCGCAAUAAGCUUAUUUCGCAGAACUUGCCGUUGGAGAUUUCCUUGUAUUUGAGUUCUUAUAUCGCGGCUAUUCAGAGGCGCAAGAUCUGUGACGUUCCUACGUAUACCAAUUUCCAUUCCAACUUGACUCUGCUGGUCGACAGCUUGACCGGGCUAGAGCGUAUCCUUACAACGCCUGUUCCUUUCUCCUACUCUAUCCAUUUGUGGGUUACCACAAUCAUUUACUGCCUCACACUGCCCUUUCAGAUCUGGAAGCCUCUCCAAUGGAUCACCAUUCCAGCUACAACGAUUGCGAGCUUUAUCUUCUUUGGUUUUCUUGUGGCUGGAGAGGAGAUCGAGAAUCCCUUUGGUUACGACAAGAAUGACUUGAAUCUGGAUCACUUCACUUCGAACAUCAUCCGCAAUGAACUGAAGGCUAUCACGUCCGCACCUCCCCCAGAUCCAAGGAAAUGGGCUUUCCAUCCUGAGAAUAACUUAUUGUUCUCUUCUUCGCACCAGGAUCGCAUUGAUCCCGAGGACUGGGUUGCGAGAGGUGUUCCCGCUAUCAGCGCGACUUUUGGGGUUUUCUGA